AUGUCUGGACGUGGCAAGCAAGGUGGAAAGGCUCGCGCCAAAGCCAAGUCAAGGUCCUCUCGAGCUGGCCUGCAAUUUCCUGUUGGCCGUGUUCACCGUUUGCUGCGUAAGGGAAAUUAUGCCGAAAGAGUAGGAGCUGGAGCACCAGUGUACUUAGCUGCUGUCUUGGAAUAUCUCACAGCCGAAAUUCUAGAGUUGGCGGGAAACGCAGCCCGGGAUAACAAAAAGACCCGGAUUAUUCCCCGCCACUUACAGCUGGCUAUUCGUAACGAUGAAGAACUCAACAAGUUGUUAGGCAAAGUGACCAUCGCUCAGGGCGGUGUCUUGCCAAACAUUCAGGCUGUGCUGCUACCAAAAAAGACGGAGAGUCAUCAUAAAACCAAGAGCAAGUAAAUAUCUGGGCUCGAAGGCUCGGGAAAAACCUCCGAUAUCAAAGGCUCUUUUCAGAGCCACUUAAACCUUUUUAGAAGGGCUUGUCACAUUGGUGUUGCUGGGCAAAAUGGAAUUUCAAUAAGGUUUUCCAAGCUACAAGGAGUGUGACUAAGGAGAAAACAUCUGUAAUUUAAAUUAUACAUGUGAAAGACAAUGCAUAAUAUAAACUUCCGAAAUAUUAUUCUGUAAGAAGUGAUUGCAUUUUCAGCUGAUUUUAUUUGUGUAUAUAUUGUGUUUAUUUGCAGAGGCAAAGGCAGGUUUAAUGACAAGAUAUAUAUCAAUAAAUGACAAAUAAAAAGCAAAAGCCAUUUUUAAUGGUUGCAAAAAUAAGGAUUAGUAAGUAUACUAGGUUGCAAAUUUUAUUCAGGUAGGAAUCAUAUUUUUUAUGUAAAAUAUGUAUAAUUUUUGUGUACUCCCAGUACCAUACUGUUGUUCCUACAGAAGUUAUGUAAUAAAUGUUUAACAACUUUGUGUGAAAAAAAUGAAAACCUAAAUUUGUAAUUCAGUUUAAGCAUACUAUUUCCACUGUAAUUGAUCAAAACUAUCUAGUAUUUUAACCUGCACUGUGGUAGACUGGACACAGAAAAGCAAAAACGAAACAGUCCAUGUAAUAAAGGAAUUUACAGUCUGUGGUGAGAAACAA